GCACCCAAGUUGGGCGGUGGAGGAGCAGGAGGCGCAGGAGGCGGAGGCGGCGGAAACUUCUCUGCGUUCGCGAAGAAGAUGAUGGCAAAGAUGGGACACAAGGAGGGGCAGGGACUGGGAGCAGGUGGAGAGGGAAUUGUCAAUCCGAUCGAGGUCAAGCUACGACCACAAGGAGCCGGUGUUGGUGCAGUAAAGGAACGUACGGAGCAGUACAAGGCGGAGCAGAAGAGAGCUGCGGAAAGACGAGGCGAGGAAUACGAAGACAGCAGUGAAGAGGAGCGAAAGGCGAGGAGGGAAAGGAAGAAGAAGUCUCAAGGUGGACUUGCGCCUGGAAGUGGGACGAGUACACCGGGCGGGACGAGGAAGCAGAAGACAAAGUACAAGACUGUCGCAGACGUACGAGCUGCGGCGCCAGGAUUGGAUGUCCCGCUGCAGAUGCUCAGCUCGAUCGUCGAUGCGACGGGCAGUCAGGCAAAAAUGCUCACAAGUGCUGCUGGGCUGAUGACUCCGAAUGGCUUGCCGACCGACUCGGAGGCAGACAAGAUUGCGAAAAGAGAGCGGCUGGAACUUGAGGCGUUUAUUGAAGCCUGGCAUGGUGUGCAGGAGCAGAAGGUGUAUAUCGAGGAACAAGCUGGAAGGCAUCAACUCGAGGUCGACCAAGAACGGGAGGAGGUCGAGCGACUGCAGGCAGUUGUUGAGGCUGUUGAGAAUCUACGCUUGAGUGCUGCGCGUGGACCAGGUGACGACUCUGGAACGGCGUGGACCUCGCUGAUCGCAUCGCUGGAGAAACUUCAGACCGAGCACAAACAAGAUAUUGAGCACUACGGGCUUUCCGAGGCUGCUAUCGGCGCGCUGUCCCCUCUAUUCAAGAAGCGAGUUGCUGAGUGGGAGCCGCUGGAAGAUCCUGAGCUCCUCACAGCUGACUUGAUGCGAGUGCGGUCCUUGCUGGGCCUCGACACGAAAGAUGAAGUGGUCACUGCUCGUGGGCGCGCAGAGAUGGACGAGGGCUAUGGCAGAUCCAAACGACAAAAAGCCACGACCGCGUAUGAAGCAAUGGUCUACACGAUCUGGCUUCCGAAGCUGCGGACGACCAUCACGAAUUGGGAAGUCCUGAAUCACGCACCUUUGACAACACUGGUCAAUGCAUGGCGUCCUCUUCUGCCUCCAUUCAUCUACAGUGCCUUGGUGGACAAGCUCAUUGUGGAAAAGCUGAAGGCAGCCCUACAUGUCUGGGAUCCGCGGAAGCGCAGUCAUCAUCACAAGCACGCUACUGUCAAGCAUGCUGAGCCACACACCUGGAUCUUUCCAUGGCUACCGUAUCUUCCACCCUAUCAGCUGGAUCCCAAAGCUUCAAGCGGGCUGCUUGUCGAUAUCAAGCGUCGGCUAAGGGAAGUUCUCGAUGGCUGGGAUGUCAGCUCUGGGGUGCUGGCAGGUCUGCUCGAAUGGCGCGCUCUGCUGCACUCGGAACUAGAUCAUGUGUUCGUCCGACAUCUGCUUCCCAAGCUCGCCCGCCAUCUGUCGCAGCACUUUGAAGUCGACCCUUCAGAUCAAGAUUUGACGCCGCUGGAGAAUGUACUGAAAUGGCAGCAGCAUUCCAAGGUGGAGAUCCUGGCACGUCUGCUCGUAGCAGAGUUUUUUCCGAAGUGGCUCUCGACCCUCCACCAAUGGCUCUCUUCAGAAGAAGCAAAUUUCGAAGAAGUCGGCCAAUGGUUUACGUGGUGGAAACAGCAAAUCCCGGAUUCCCUGAACGCAAAUGCGGACGUCUCGAAGGAAUGGGAGAAGGGCACAGAAAUGAUCAACAAAGCUCUCGACCUCCAAGACGAAGGCGUGCCCAUGAGCGAACUUGCAGCACCAGCAGCUGGUCCAGCACGACCCAUCGCUAAGGAAAUCAGCAAGAGACUCGAUGCUCAGACUUCUGCUACGCUUCAUCCUCCACUUGCUCAAGAGCUCGCGCAGGACUUCAAGGAUAUUGUGGAAGCGUGGUGUGCAGAACAAGACCUUACUCUGGUUCCAUUGCGAGAAGCACAUACCCAGACUGGCGCACCGCUAUUCCGCAUCACGGCGAGCGCGAACGGUAAGGGUGGCGUAGUCGUGUAUCUCAAGGGAGACAUCGUGUGGGCGCAAAAGAAGGGCGAUCGUACGAUUUACGAACCGAUCGGACUGGAGGAACGACUCGUUGAGAGGGCGAUAGGGAAGUGA